AAUAUAUCUCCCUUUGACGCCUCCGGGUCGGGAGAUCUCUCCAUCGCCUUAUGCCCUUCUCUCCUUCCCCCUUCUCGGUCCAAGCCCUGCUGAGUCUUCCAAGCUCACAGCCAUAGCGAGAGCAGAAGGAAGGAGCCCCUCGAUCCACCUGAAAAUUGUGCCAUUGUCAACUUCUUUGAAUCUGGUUGAUCGGAGGUGUCACUCAAUUAAGCUCUGGUGGAGUCAUGAAUAAGGAAUCUGCUCAGGAUGAGAACAAGGAAGUGGGUGAUACCACUGCUGGACAAGUUCAAGGAUUCUCAGAUGAAGAUGAGUCGAAGGUCAAUGAAGUGUCAGAAGAUUUGAAAAACAACCAGAUAAAGGAUGCUGCCCAGGCGGCACAACAAGCUGGUGGUUCCAAUAAACAACCACUGCCGCCAGCAGGUCCCAUCGUACGCUGGGAGAGGUUUCUCCCGGUCAGAACUCUCAAGGUUCUGCUGGUUGAGAAUGAUGAUUGCACCCGUCAAGUUGUCAGCGCAUUACUCCGUAACUGCAGUUAUGAAGUUACUGCUGUUUCUAAUGGUCUGCAAGCAUGGAAACUACUGGAGGAUCUUACUAAUCAUAUUGACCUUAUCUUGACUGAGGUAGUCAUGCCUGGUUUGACUGGCAUUGGUCUCCUAAGCAAGAUCAUGAGCCAUAAAACUUGGAAGAACAUUCCUGUGAUCAUGAUGUCAUCGAAUGAUUCAAUGGGUACGGUCUUUAAAUGUUUAUCAAAAGGUGCAGUUGACUUUUUUUUCAAGCCUAUAAGGAAGAAUGAGCUUAAAAAUCUAUGGCAGCAUGUCUGGAGGAGAUGCCACAGUUCGAGUGGUAGUGGAAGUGAGAGUGGUAUCCAAACCCAGAAAUCAGUGAAGUCAAAGAACUGUGACAAUUCUGGCAAUAGCAGUGACAGCAAUGAUGACGAGAAUGGGAGUGUGGGCUUGAAUGCAAGAGAUGGCAGCGAUAAUGGUAGUGGUACUCAGAGUUCUUGGACAAAACGGGCUGCAGAUGUUGACAGCCCCCAGCCUAUGUCUAAUCCCGAUCAGUUUGCUGAUCCACCUGAUAGUACAUGUGCACUGGUGAUUCACUCGGCAUCCGAAACCUUCUGCAAAGAUCAGGUUCCUACACAUUUGACGAGAGAGAAACAGAACAAAGGGGAACUUUCUGACGAUUGCAUGGGAAAAGACUUGGAGAUAGGAUUACACACAAAUUCAGAAAUGCAAAGUGAAAAUCAACCAGAUGAGCAGGAUUGUAACAAACUUGCUGAAACAAAGUUCGAAAAAUUAUCUGAAAAGGAAUCUAAGAAUGAGGGUUGCUUGGGUACUCUUCGGAACAAUGGUUUGGAUGAGUCAAGUGCUCAAGCUGCUACUAGAUUAGACAAUCAAACAAUUAGUAGAGUGAUUGGCUUCUCCAAAAUCUCGGAAGCCCAAGAUAGGACCUCAACUGAUUUACCCUCUGUUGAGCUGAGUUUAAAGCGGCUGAGAUCAAUUGGUGAGGGUGCAACUGCCACUCAAGAUGACCGCAAUGUUCUAAGGCGCUCAGAUGUAUCUGCCUUUUCAAGGUAUCACACAUCUGCUGCUUCUAAUCAAGCUCCUAAUGGAUGUGGUGGAAGCUGUUCUCCGAUCGAUAACAGCUCAGAAGCAAUUAAGACGGAAUCUAAUAUUAUUUCUGGUUCAAAUGCGGCUACCCUGAAGCAAGGUUCCAAUGGCAGCAGUAACAACAAUGACAUGGGGUCCACAACCAAGAAUGCCAUGAAACCAGCAGUGCACAAAGACAAGACAUCAUCUGCGUCGAUAAUUAAGUGCACACAGACCUCAGCUUUCCAUCCUGUUCAGGUUCGAGCUUCAGGAAACCAGGAACCUGUGCAAGAAAACGGGGAGAAUGUAGCUGCAGCAUCUGCAACAGGACAACCAAGGGAGAAACAACAUCAACUCCCAGCACACCAUCACCAUCACCACCACUAUCAUCAUCACUACCACCAUGUCCACAAUAUGCUGAACAAGGCAAAGCCAUCACAAAAUCAGAAUGAUUUAUCACCGAAGAAUAGAGCAGGAGUGGAGCCACAAUGUGGGUCGUCCAAUGUGUUUAACGGCCCAUUCGAAGGAAAUGGAGCCAACGGUAGCAACAAUGGAAGUAAUUCUGGUAGUAAUCAUGGUAGCAAUGGGCAAAAUGGAAGUAGCAAUGCUGUGCAAGCUGGAGGAUUGAAUAUGGAGGGUGAUAAUGGCAUUGCAGAACAGAGUGGCCUGGCGAACGGAAAUGGAAGUGGGAGCGGCAGUGGUAGUGUUAUAGAACAAAACAGGUUUGCUCAAAGAGAGGCUGCCUUGAAGAAGUUUCGUCUGAAAAGAAAAGAAAGAAACUUUGGGAAGAAGGUUCGCUACCAGAGCAGGAAGAGACUUGCUGAGCAACGACCACGCGUACGUGGCCAAUUUGUCCGACAAUCCACUCAUCAACAAACUGGCCAAGAUGCCGAUAGAUAACCCAUCUAAUAUAUGUAGUUGUUAACAUGUUGGCAUUUGCAUUUUCUCGUUUGGGAACAAUUAAUUGUAAGGAUAUCUGUGAGAAAACUGGAUAAGAUACUGUGUUGUACUACUUAGUUCAUCAAUUUCCUGGAUGCUUUUGCUAUAAAUUACAAGACUACAUGCAUCUCAUUUUCCCUUUA